CCAUGGAUUCCUCUGGGCCACCCAGACCAGAAGUUAGCCAGUCAGUAGUGAGCAGAAUGCAGAAGAAAUACUGGAAAACUAAACAGGUCUUUCUCAAAGCCACAGGAAAAAAAGAGGAUGAGCAUGUGGUGGCAUCUGAUGCUGAACUGGAUGCUAAACUUGAGGUUUUUCACUGCAUUCAAGAGACAUGCACUGAACUUCUGAAGACAGUUGAAAAAUAUCAGCUCAGACUCAAUGUUAUAUCAGAGGAAGAAAAUGAACUGGGGCUCUUUCUGAAGUUUCAAGCGGAACGGGAUAUAACUCCAGCUGGCAAAAUGAUGGACGCCACUGGCAAGGCACUCUGUUCUUCAGCCAAGCGACGAUUAGCCCUGUAUACUCCACUGUCUCGUCUUAAACAAGAAGUAGCAACAUUCAGUCAAAGGGCAGUAUCCGAUACCUUGAUAACAAUUAAUCGGAUGGAACAGGCGCGUACAGAAUACAGAGGAGCUCUGCUGUGGAUGAAAGAUGUAUCCCAAGAACUGGACCCAGACACCUUAAGGCAAAUGGAAAAGUUCAGAAAAGUACAGAUCCAAGUGAGAAAUAGCAAAGGUUCUUUUGACAAGUUAAAGAUGGAUGUUUGCCAGAAAGUGGAUUUACUUGGAGCUAGUCGCUGCAAUAUGUUAUCUCAUUCUCUCACUACCUACCAGAGAACACUGCUAGGAUUUUGGGAGAAAACUGCUCAAUUGAUGUCCCAAAUCCAUGGGGAAUGUGUGGACUUCCACCCAUAUGAUCUUGUUGCUCACAAGCAGCUGCAAGACACUUCAAGCAAACUUCCUGAAGACCACAAAGAAGAACAAAUAGAAAAGAAUUCUCUGACUGGAAACCUCAAUAAAUUAGUUCUGUUAAAUGAAGAAGCAAAUUUGGGAAGUGAACCAGCAACCAAAGGUCACAAGGAAAAACAUUUUCCAAUGAGAGAUUUUGGAGCACCUCCAUUUUCUAACUCUGAAAAUGUUGCAAAAGAGCUCUUUGUAGAUUCAUUGGAAGGAGAAGAUUUUGAGAAAGAAUUUUCAUUUCUGAACAAUCUCCUAAGUCCGGGUUCUUCAAGUGCUAAUGAAUUUACCCAAGAAUGUCAAGGUGCAUGUGGGAGCCCCAGGACCAGUUUCAUGUCCCAGGAGGCUUCUGUGGGGUCGGAGCCUCUUGCUCAUUCAUCUGGAUUUCUUCCUUCACAACUCUUUGACCUUGGCCUUCAUACUGCUGGAGGUUUCAACAGCUGGGCCUGUCAUGGAGGAUCAGAACAUUCUCGUUCACACACAGCUAAUGAAUCAGUGCCUUCACAGAGCCCAGAGAAGUUAAGACAUUGCCCUAACAACAGUAACCAAGAUAUGUCAACAUGGUUCAGUCUAUUUGCAGACUUGGAUCCACUUUCAAACCCAGAUGCUAUUGGACACUCAGAUGAUGAACUUCUUAAUGCUUGACUAAAGUUAUGUCACUUCAAUGGCCUUGAGACCAAUUUUGCAACAUAUUGCCUUGUGGAAAAGUUUAUAUUGUGCUCACACACAAAGCAUGGUUUACAAAAUACUUGUCAGCCAACAUUAGGCAGAUAGUAAAGGCCCAUCUGAAUAUUUUAAGUAUAUACUUAAUCUUGGAUUUGCAACUCUUGAUAAUACAUGGAAAACAUAACAAACAAUCUAUUCCAAAAUAGUUAAGAAACCAAAAUUUACUUUUAAAACACCAGCUAGGAAUAAUCCUGUCAAUAAGAAGUUGGUUUUAUUUCUCUGGAAAGCCUUUUAUCUUUAAGUUACCUUGCUGGUUGUGAGAAAUUUGUAUGCGGAGAUGAGACCAGCAUGUCGGCUAGGUUGUAGUUUGAGUUGGAUUUUAAGAUGGUGGCAAGAGGAAUGAUCUGUUGUGGAGAACAGAACUAGAACCAGAACUUAAUCUUAGAAAAAGUAAAAGUAGAUUUGAGAACUCUAUUUGCUUUAAUGAAAUCAGAGAGAAACUUAAGUGCUGGAGUUUCUCCAUUUGCAGUCUAAAAUUGAGUGCUUACCUAGCUUUUUUCAUUAAUACAAAAUCACAAUCAUUUAAUUUUCACAAUCCAUUAAAUUUCUCGUGGGGAAAUCUGUUAAUUUACUAAGCCCAUCCUCUGGAGAAAUAGAAAAAAAAUCUUUCCAUUUCAUAAACCACAAAAAAAUGUCCAGAGUUUAAGAUAGGAAUCUUCAGGAUAUGCAUUGCUGUAAUAGUAUGCAUUAUUCAUAGUCUAUCAGAAAAGGAAAUGGGGCGGGAACAAAAAUUAGUAGCAACAGUAUUCCUGGAACGCCUCAAGAAAUUUCUACCUGAAUGGGGAGGUGGGAGUAUAGGUGGGGCAGUUUAAAACAUCUUCUUAAUAUGUGUGUACUUAUCCCGUUUUCCUCCCGUGAUUUAACUUGGAAUACUUUCUGGCAGAAAUAGACAGCUUUUCAUGAUCAAUAGGAUUGUGCUAUUUUUGCUCUUCUCCCUGUCGUGCACAGGUGCUAUGCUCUGCAGUUCCAUGUGGUUACUAAGCAAAGGCUUGUUAGAGGGUUUGUGUAAGCUGAUGAAAUAUAGCUACUGUUCACACACAUCUAUCACUAAAUUUCCUGUUUUAUUUUCUUGCCUUUAGUUUGAGGCAGUUUUCUAUUCCAGGUGUCUUAGGUUUAGUAUACGACAAACCCAAGUUACAGUACUUCUUAUGUGUUCUAAACAGGCAUACUUAAAAGAUAGUUUCUAAUGUCUGAAUCACUGUACACAGAAAAACAUCUUCAAGGUCUACUUCCCAUCCACAGCAGUUUGGACUAACUAGCAUCUGCCCACAAGUUCUCCAGAAACCCACUACUAGCACCAAGUACUGGAUAAGCUGAAAGGAAACAUGGACUCUGGCACAAGUCAUAAGAGUAUGUCUUCCACAUCUCUUCAUAAGCUUAUUUUAGCUUCUUUAUUCAGUAUUAAUAAGCUGUUAUUUACCACUUCUGAAGGACUUUAAAAAAAAAUUUUUAUUCACAAAGGAUUAUGAACGUGAAUUGCGAUCUGAGUUCUUUACCCACAAUGGUUCUGGUGCUCUUAACCUUGACUGAGGACUUCAAAAGCAUGCCAACUUUGUGCUAUUUUUUCUUUCCAUCCAUAGCCUUACAAAUAAAUUAGGUCAAAGAUAACCCUCAUAAACAUGCAAAGCAAUCCCUGAUAUAUAAACAAAAAAUACCUCGAUGAAUGCAUCGGAGAAGCAGUAGUCUCCAAGGCAGUGUGAUUUCCGAUUAUGAACAUGAAAUGACAAUACCCUUAAUGUUCUUAUGAGCAAAGGUUCUCAAAAAACAUAUAUAUAUAUAUAUAAACAGGAUUUUUAUAGAAGUCUUCAUUUCUGUUACACUUCUUCUUGCUUAAGCAGAUCAUGUAGUUGCCCAUUUAACUCCGAAAAUGUUUUAAUUGCCUAAGCAAAUCAUGUUACAACUUUAACAGGACUAACAACUCAUUUUUUUAAAAAUACACUGUAAACUUUAUUAAGUAACUUCAUAUUUCCUCAAGAUGUUCUCUGAAAAUCACUAAUUUAAGUAAAAAAAUGUUGAUUCUGUUAAGUUAAACCUAGAUUUCUAUUAUUGAAAAUCCAACCGCAUAUUCAGGAAAGGGUGAUGAGGACAGGAAGCGCAUAACCAAAAGGUAGACUGGUUAUUUUGUCUUAAUGUAGACUAUCUAUUCAGUACAGUAAUAAGUACAUUAAGUAACGUGAACCAAGGGUAGAUGAGAACAUCUCUUAAAAAAAAAAAGUUGACACAUUUUAUACUAAAUGGGUUGUGUGUAUGUUAUACCAUGUAAGAAUCAGAAUGUAUUAACAUUAGAAAAAUAUCACAGAGCUCAAAUUUACUUGUUUCUACCUUAUAAAAAAGGCAGGAAUACCAGAGCAUAUAUUAAGAUCUGAUCAAUGUAAUGUUGUUUUUGAGACCCUCAUGAAUUGUAAAACAUAACUCUGAUUAGGAUUGGAAACAAACUCUAUUUCAACAAGAUAGGUUUCAGUAUUUGAACAUUGCAAAAGUGUUUAUUUCAACUAUAAAUAUUUCAUAUAACUUAUUUUUAGAAGUCUGACAGCAUCACAACAAAGGAAGUUUGAACAUGCACUGUUUUAUGAACUUCUUGUGAUAAAGGAUGUAAGAUUGCAUAUAAACAGUGUAUUUCCUAAAGUGGUGGAUACAAAUCCAUUAUUGUUUCUCCUCAUCAGAAACCUAGGUUUUACCUAAGGACCGCAGUAGAAAGCUCGGUUGGAUUGUUAAAGAUUACUCAGAAAGGAAAUAAAACUGGGGUACUAUUUUUGUUAGAUUCUUUUCUAACUUAGCCCAUGUAGAUACGGGAAGUAACAGAAUGUACGUCCUCUGUGUAAGUACUCUCAGUAGCAAAAUACAGUAUUGUCAUAUCAAUGUCAAAAUUUUGAGCCAACAGAAGCAAUAACCGAUAUAGUUUUAAAUAUGACAACAAAGAAAACCCGAAUCACAGAUGGAGAAAAUGAUUUGUCAAAAUGAGUCACAUCCAUAUGUCCAACACGAAACAUUCUUGUCCAUCUUGUAAGUACCAUUUAAAAGAAGAGUGGACAGUAAAAAGAAAAACCGUCCCUGUCACUUCUGUAUAUGGUUCGUAACUCAGUGGUGCAAAUACAGCAUCAGCAGCCAAAGAGGACCUACAAAACAGGCGCCCAUGGUUUGCUUUUAUCGCUCAGAUUAAUAGGUAAGAUUUUUUAAAUUCCCAUCUUUACUUUUAAAAGGGCAUUAUUUCCUUUUUCUCAUUUCAUAGUAAUAGACUCAUUUAAAAGUGGAGAAAACACCCCAAACUAGACAAAGCACAGCCUUACCAUGCAGGGAUAACCAUACAUAACUCAGGAGUAUUUUCUGUUACAAGUUCUAGGACCUUUGGGCACACAUAUGAAUUAAAAUGAUUUAGGUAAUUUCAUUUUAUUACCUUCUCUCUGAAAUGGGACUACUAAAGUACUGAGAUUAAAAUAUGACCUUUAUAGCUUUUUUCUCAAAAACCAAGUUUUUAACUACCACAAAUGUUAUUAAAGCCAGCUUCUGAGCACACAAUAUUUCCAAAGCUAGACUCUUCCCAGAAGUAGGUUGCUACCUCUUUUCUCCUGUUGAGCAGAUAGCGGGUUAAAUAGCCAGCCUUUGUGGUUAGCAAUCACCAGAGCUUCAUGUCAUCAUUUGCAGGGUACGAUUAUCACUCGCAAGUAAAGCAUUCUCUUAAUCAUAUGAAACUCGAAAAUAAAAUUCUCUUAAUCAAUCAUAUGAAACCAAUCUGUCAACAUUUACUCAAAAGUAAAGAUGAGAAUGUAUUGGAAAGGCAGGGAAGCUAGAUCCAUGGAAACUGAGCAAAUGGAAUGGAAAUUAGGAUACCAACAUAUUGUAAAAACUGUAACCAAUGUCACUGAAAAAUCUGUAUAAAAAUUGUUAAAUGAGAACCUAAUUCAUUGUAUAUAUGUUCAUCUAAAAUACAAUAAAACAUUUAAAAUAUGA